GCAGCUGCGGCGUGGGGUGGUGCCGGAGACUCAGCGCGCAGAGAGCUGCUGGGGGCUUGGCUUUUCCCUGCACCCUCCAGCGGCUGUGGGGCUGAACCCGUCCGUGCAGGGACAACGCUGCGAGCGCCUCUGGCGGACGAGGCUAGAGACGAGCCACAGCUCGCGGAGGGGUAGGGAACAAAGCCACAAUGAGCCGUAGCCACGAGGUUGCUUAGUAAAUGAUGGCCGGACCCUGCAAACCCCACCCCGCUGGUGGCCCGCCCCUCUCUGGGAGAGCUGAGCCGAGCCCCGCUGUGCCCCUCUCUCUCUCCCCACCCCCGAGGCAGCAGGGCGCGCAGUUGCCGUGAAAUCGAAAGCAGCGAGUCGCAGCCAGCGCUUCCCAUCGCCGCGCCCGAGCCUCGCCGCGCCCUGUGCUGCCUCCCUGCGGACGGGGCCGGGCUCGGGCUGCCGAGCCAGCCCGGCUGGCGGGAAAGUUUGCCGAGCCGGACCCGGCUGCUGCCGAGGUGAUCUUUGCAAAGCUAGUCUUGGGGGAUUUCCACUGUCUUACUGUUUAAAAUCUACCAUAGUGUUGUUUUAACCACAAGCCAUCUCACUUUCUGUUCAGGAACAGCCACAGUUUUCAGCAGCAUCCCCUGUGGAUCUUCAAGCCAGUAUCCAAUCAGGAAUUAUUGCUGUUAGAAGUAUUAGCUCCUGCAUACCAACUGUGGCUACUGUUGUGUGGCCACUAAGGGCUUAGGCCAGUGGCAGAACAGCUCAUGAGGACUGUGCAGCUUCCAUGGCCUCUGAAGAACUUACUGGUCUCUCAAACAUCUUCGCACGCCAGAAUUCCACCAGCGGCAUUUCUCUAGACUUUGAACCUGACACUGACUACCACUUUGUUGAAACCUUAGAAGAACGGUACAAAUGUGCCUAUUGCCACUUAGUCCUUCACAAUCCUCACCAGACAGGAUGUGGUCACAGAUUUUGCCAGCAUUGUAUUAUUUCUCUGAGAGAAUUUAAUGCAGUACCCACGUGUCCUGUAGACAAAGAAACAAUAAAAGCGCAUGAGGUGUUCAAAGACAAUUGCUGUAAAAGAGAAGUUCUCAACUUGCAAGUAUUUUGCAAAAAUGUUCCUCAAUGCAAUUCAAAAAUAAUUCUGGGACGAUACCAGGAUCACCUUCAGCAAUGCUUAUUUGAAAGUGUUCAGUGCACUAAUGAUGAAUGUCAGGAUCAGAUUCUUCGGAAAGAUUUAAAAGAUCACCUAAGUCUGCACUGUAAAUUUCGAGAAGAAAUAUGCCAGUACUGUAAUCAAUAUGUGGUUUCAAUUCAUUUAAAGAACCAUGAGAAAAAUGAAUGUCCUGAUUUUCCUGUGCCUUGUCUCCACAACUGUUCUCAGAUCAUUCUGAAAAAGGAGAUGGAUAAGCACUUCUGUGUGUGUCCUGAGGCAGAAGUAGAUUGUCCCUAUAAACAAUACGGCUGUCCUGUAAAGAUUAAAAGAGGAAAGCUUGCAGAACAUGAGAACGCUGCUCUGAGGGAACACAUGCUACAAAUUUUAGACAAGAAUUCCAAAUUGGAAGAACAGAUAUCUGACCUAUAUAAGAGUUUGGAAUUUAAAGAGAUUAAAAUCCAACAGCUAGCAGACACAGUUAAAAAGUGUGAAAAGGAAUUCAGACAGUUUGCACAGCUGCUUGGGAAAAACAGCAAUUUGAUGGUAAACACGCAGACUCUUGCCAGUCAUAUUGAUAAAUCUGCAUGGCUGGAAACACAAGUGCGCCAGCUAAUACAAAUGUCAAACGAGCAGCAAAGUAAAUUUGACCUGAGGCCACUGUUGGAGACUAUUGAAAAUGUAAAGCAGAAGAUUUCCUUUAUGGAGACAUAUGAUCAGCGUUUAGUUGUUUUGGAAGGCCAGUCCAACAAACAUGAUGUCCACAUCGGUCUUCACAAAGCACAGAUCAAUAAAAACGAAGAGCGGUUUAAGCUUUUGGAGGGCACAUGUUACAAUGGAAAACUAAUCUGGAAAAUCAUGGACUACAAGAUGAAGAAAAAGGAAGCCAUGGAAGGCCGCACUGUCUCUAUAUUCAGCCAGCCUUUUUAUACCAGCCGCUGUGGGUACAGAUUAUGUGCAAGAGCAUAUCUGAAUGGGGAUGGCUCAGGAAAAGGGACGCAUGUCUCCCUAUACUUCGUAGUGAUGAGAGGAGAGUUUGACUCGUUGCUACCGUGGCCUUUCAAGCAAAAAGUUACACUUAUGCUUCUGGACCAAAGUGGGAAAAAAAAUCACAUUGUGGAAGUCUUCAGAGCCGACCCUAACAGCAGCAGUUUCAAAAGGCCAGAUGGAGAGAUGAAUAUUGCCUCUGGGUGCCCGAGGUUUGUGGCACACACUGUGCUGGAAAAUGCAAAGAACACUUAUGUCAAAGAUGACACUCUGUUCUUGAAAGUUGUUGUGGAUUUAACUGACCUAGAGGAAUUAUGAAGUACCUGGAAGACAUGACUAUUUUAAUGAUAAAAAAAUGCUUUCUCUCAGUGACUAUUGGCCAAUUUCAUACAACAGUGAAUUGCCACUAGUCCAACUAUGUUUUUGACUGCAUGAUAGCUACUGAGUUGCCAAAUCACCAACCUUUCUUUUUUACUUUUUCUGUAUCUGGGAUCUGUAAGUCCAGUUGGAUGGUGUGAACCAAAUCAAUAUAUUCAAACCAGUAUUUUGACUCUGUUCAAUAUAUUUUGGGAAUGAAUGCUUGGCUUACAUCUCAAGACUGGCAUUUUAAGAUGAAACUGCAGUAGGCACUUUGGAACCCAAGCUUGUGGUUCCAGUCACUUACAGACGUUGAUAGGGCUCCCAUCAUAGUGGUGUCUAGGUGCAUUUCUUGUGGGUUUGCGAGGGAAUCAUUUCAACACUGCCUGCAAAUGAAGAGUUGAAUCCUGCUCCCAGCAGCACCUUGACUUUUAAAAACCGAGGGAGAAAAGCUGAGCCAGGUAGGAAAAACCUAGCCAGGAAUUUCAGAGCUCCUAGUUAUUGGAAAGUCUGGAUGAAGAUGUCUUAUAGUUCUGGCCUGCUUACUCAGCUGUGCUGAGCAACCACAACUCACAUUGAUGUCAUUAGUGUCCCCUGUGUUCCUGCUCAGUGCUUUGGGCCAGAUCCUGAUUUGUGAUGAGCAUCCCCAGUCCCCAUUAGAAGUCAAUGGAAGCUGCUGGUGCUUAUCGCCUCCCAAGAUAUGGUCGUUAUUGGGGUUCUCAGCCCAUCUACUAACCUACAAGAGUAGCAGACUAGUUGAGUCCACUGCUGGAAGGCAGGGGCAAAAGCUUUGAAACUUUUGCUCCUCUUCUGCCUGUGGAGGAAACUUAUUUUAUUUUAUUUUUUUGGUGACUUAGCAGCCCUGCAGUGGCUCAGAACUUUGGAAACUGCACUUGAAGGGUUUCUGCUAACAUGAAGCAUUCCCCAAAGAUGGAGAAAAGAGGAUGUGUGUGGAGAAGCAUUGCUUUAAAUUAGGGCUGUUGAUUAAUCACAGUUAACUCAUGCGAUUAACUAAAAAAAAUUAAUUGGAUUAAAAAAAUUAAUCACAAUUAAUCGCAGUUUUAAUUGCACUGUUAAUAGAAUACCAAUUAAAAUGUAUUAAAUAUUUUGGGAUGUUUUUCUACUAUUUUCAAUUAUAUUGAUUUCAAUUACAACACAGAAUACAAAAAAUGUACAGUGCUGCCUUCAUAUUAUUAUUUCUGAUUACAAAUAUUUGAACUGUAAAAAUUAUAAAAGAAACAGUAUUUUUCAGUUCACCUCAUACAAGUACUGUAGUGCAAUCUCUUUAUUGUGAAAGUGCAACUUACAAAUGUAGAUUUUUUUUUUUUGUUACAUAACUGCACUCAAAAACAAAACAAUGCAAAAUUUUAGAGCCUACAAGUCCACUCAGUUCUACUUCUCGUUCAGCCAAUCGCUAAGACAAACAAGUUUGUUUACAUUUAUGGGAGAUAAUGCUGUCCACUUGUUAUUUACAAUGUCACCAAAAAGUAAGAACAGGCAUUCGCAUGGGACUUUUGUAGGUAGCAUUGCAAGGUAUUUACGUGUCAGAUAUGCUAAAUAUGUGUAUGCUCCUUCAUGCUUCAGCCACCAUUCCAGAGGACAUGCUUCCAUGCUGAUGACGCUCGUUAAAAAAACAAUGUGUUAAUUAAAUUUGUAACUGAACUUCUUGGGGGAGAAUUGUAUGUCUCCUGCUCUAUUUUACUCACAUUCUGCCAUAUAUUUCAUGUUAUAGUAGUCUCAGAUGAUGACUCAGCACAUGUUAAUUUUAAGAACGCUUUCAUAGAUUCAUAGAUAUUAAGGUCAGAAGGGACCAUCAUGAUCAUUUAGUCCGAUCUCCUGCACAACACAGGCCACAGAAUCUCACCCACCCACUCCUGCGAUAAACCUCUCACCUAUGUCUGAGCUAUUGAAGUUCUCAAAUCAUGGUUUAAAGACUUCAAGGUGCAGAGAAUCCUCCAGCAAGUGACCCGUGCCCCAUGCUACAGAGGAAGGCAAAAAACCCCCAGGGCCUCUUCCAAUCUGCCCUGGAGGAAAAUUCCUUCCUAACCCCAAAUAUGGUGAUCAGCUAAACCCUGAGCACAUUGGCAAGACUCACCAGCCAGAUACCCAGGAAAGAAUUCUCUGUAGUUGCAGAUUUGACAAAUUGCAAAGAAGGUACCAAUGUGAGAUUUCUAAAGAUAGCAACCGCACUUGACCCAAGGUUUAAGAAUCUGAAGUGCCUUCCAAAAUCUGAGAGGGAUGAGGUGUGGCGCAUGCUUUCAGAAGUCUUAAAAGAGCAGCACUCCGAUGUGGAAACUACAGAACCCGAACCAACAAAAAAGAAAAUCAACCUUCUGCUGGUGGCUUUUGACUCAGAUGAUGAAAAUGAACAUGCGUCGGUCUGCACUGCUUUGGAUUGUUAUCGAGCAGAACCCGUCAUCAGCAUGGACGCAUGUCCUCUGGAAUGGUGGCUGAAGCACAAAGGACAUAUGAAUCUCUAGUGCAUCUGGCAUGUAAAUAUCCUGCGACACCAGCUACAACAGUGCCAUGCAAACACCUGUUCUUGCUUUCAGGUGACAUUGUGAACAAGAAGCAGGCAGCAUUAUCUCCCAUAAGUGUAAACAAACUUGUUUCUCUGAGUGAUUGGCUGAACAAGAAAUAGGACUGAGUGGACUUGCAGGCUCUAAAGUUUUACAUUGUUUAAUUUUUGAAUGCAGGGGUUUUUUUGUACUUAAUUCUGCAUUUGUAAGUUCAACUUUCAUGAUAGAGAUUGCACUACGGUACUUGUAUUAUUUUCGUUUUGUACAGUGCAAAUAUUUGUAAUAAAAAAUAAAUAUAAAGUGAGCGCUGUAGGCUUUGUGUUCUGUGUUGUAAUUGAAAUCAAUAUAUCGGAAAAUGUGGAAAACAUCCAAAAAUAUUUAAAUUGUAUUCUAUAAUUGUUUAACUGUUGGAUUAAUCACAAAAUUAAUCACUAUUAAUUUUUUAAUCACAUGAUAGCCCUACUUUAAAUAAUGAGCUUUUCAAAAGUGCUCCACGCCCAGCAGCCCUCAAAAGGAAAUGCUAGUUGCUGAGCACUUCUGGAAAUCUGACCACUUCAUUUAUUAGUAUUUAUAUUACCAUAGAGCUUUGGGCCAUAGUCAUAGAGCAGGACCCCUGUUGUGCUAGGUGCUGUUCAAACACAGAACAUAAAGCCUGUGUCUGCCCCAAAGAGCUCACAAUCUAGGGGGCCUAACUGGGAGCUGAGUUCUCAUGAAAAUCCAGCCCCAACUCUGCGUACUCUGCACUUUAGGAAUUUGACCCUCAUUUCUUUCAGGCUCUGUUUUGCAUUUCAGAUGAAGUGGGAGAGUUAGGAAUUUUGCUCUGAGUUCCCUCUCCAUUGCAGGUGAAUUUAUGCCUGGGUAUGGGUUUUGGGGAGAAACUGGCUGCAUAAACAAGCCAAGUUCAGGCAUGGAGGAUUACAGGAACAACUAUCAAGGAAGGAGUGGGGACAAGUGCAUGUGUGCCUUGCAGAAGCUUUAUGGACACUUUUAAGAGGGCUCUAAUUGUGCAUCCAUAAUCAUUUUGUGGGUACAAGUAAUAGAAUUUAGAUGUCUGUCUUCACUUGCAAAUCAGAUAGCUAGAUAUGUAAAUUUAAUUAGUUGCUCCUGCAACCCAACAGUGGGGGCAAACUUAGAGACUCUUCUGAAAAGGCAGCAAGGCAUCAGGAAGGAUCUGGAGUAAGCUUGUGACAAGAGGACAAAACCAAAGUGGAGCAAGGACUGUAGGGAACUAGGUAGAAAAUGCAGGAAAAGGACAAGAACGGGUAAAAUUACUAAUGUGCCCUUACAUUUCAUAUGAAAAUCUUAAUAUUGGCUGAAUGCUAUAGCUUUAGGUAAUUGGCAGAAAACAUGACAUUUUUGCCGUCAUCGUCUUAGAUGAAAUUUCCAGACUGGUAGAAAUUUAACUUAGUGUUCUCAGAUGGAUUAUGGGACAUGGUUCAGAUAGGCAUAUUGUUAAAAUUGGAAAGUUCUCCAUGCUGCUACGUUUCCACAUCUUUGUGGUAUAUUUCAAUUUUGAUGGUACUGUGCCAGUAUAUAUUGGGCCGCUGUGGGGAUUAUAGAUGUUCCCAGGGACAGAUGCUAUGGGCCAAAUUCUGUUAUCUGUUGUACAACUGCAACUCUCACUGAGUUUAAUAGCUGUUGCACCUGUACUAGAGAGCAGAAUUUGAUCUUAUAUCUUUAGUACUUUGUUUUGAAAAGAAUGGGUGUGUGUUAAAAAGGUGCAGCAUGCUAGAACUUUGUGACCCAACAUGGUGCAUUAAAGUGGAUCUAAUGUUGAUUUUUUUUUUUACAGUAACAUCUGUGCUGUAACUUUCAAAAUGAUGUAAUAUGAAUAAUGACUACUAGGACUGAUGGAAGUGAUACCUACCACCUGUUUCCAUAAAACUACUAGAAUGUUAGUAGUAAAAUACAGAAAAGUAUUAUAGAACUCAGAGAGAUGGGAGGGCAUGGUCUGGACUUGAGCAAGUCACUUAACUCCCUCUGCCUCCAUUUCCCCAACUGUAAAAUGGGGAUAAUACUUGCAUCACAGGGGUGUUAGAACUAAUAGAAAAUGUUUGGGAAGUGCUUUGAGCAUGCAAAGAACUAAGUAUUAUCAGACCUCCAUUUCAGAUGGUUAGAUUAGGUGAUGGUUUUGUGAUGUUGACAAAUGUUUAGUGUGUUCUUGGACAGAUUUUGAAGCAUGUUAAACUUGCAUCCAAUCCAUAUUGCAACCUCUUGUUCUGUAAUUGUUGACUAUAUUUACUUUUUUGCCAUGAAUAUAGUUUUAAAAUAAUUUAAAGAAAUACAUGCUGAAGCACAAGCAACCCAUUUUGGGUUUAUGGUAACAGCUUUCUUUUAAAAGACUGCCUUUUAUAAAGAAUUUGCUCAGUAAAUUACAUUUUUAAGGGUUUUAAGCAUUUUAAUCAACUUAUUUAUAAAAGCAGUUGAGAGUUGGGAUUUUGUUUUUUCAGGUGUUUUUACUUAUAACGUGGAGUUUAGAUAUCAUCCCGUUCCUAGUAAGGAAGGAAUGUUGCAUAGCAUAGAUGUUAGAGAAAAGACAAGUUGUAACUUGCAUGGAAAACACCAAAAACUUUUCAAUGCGAAUGUAUGAUAUUUAAUGAGUAUACAACAUUUCUACAGCAACAUGUGGUAUGUUUUUAAUGUAUUUAUUGACCAGUUUUUAGCCUUUCUGGAUAACUCUUUACUAAUAUAUUGUCAUUUUUCUAUCCCAUUGUCAUACCUGUACCAGUAAAAUAUGUAAAGAAUAAACUGAACUUCAUCAUC